AUCAAGUGGACGGGCAUGAAGGUCUCAGUGACUCAGUAUCUAAACGCAAACCCAAUGGUGCUAACGUUUAUGUAUGCGAUCGAUUCUCAUUGUGAAUAUACCAGUGAAAAGAAGAUUCAUCUAUGAAUUAUAUUUUGUUUUGUGAGUGGGAUGAAUGAAACGCCGACAUCAAAGAAUCCAAGUGAUGAAAAUGAGUAGAAUGAAACACAGUGUUUGCAGAGGGAAGAUCGUCAUAUCUCUCUUGAUAUCUUGUUAAGAAUAAUUUUACUUAUAAAGGGAUUGGAGCAGAAAAUUGGACAACGCCGGAAAUUUAAAAAAAAACAAGUUUGAGGACAAGGACGAGGUUAUUUAAUCAAGCGAAAAAUGAAGACCAUCGGAGCGAAGGUGGUAGUUCUGGGGUCCCAAGGUGUGGGCAAGACCUCCCUGGUGACUCGCUACGAGACCAAGACGUUUAGCAGGAACACGUCGUCAACGAUUGGCGCGUCGUUCAGCAACAUCGAGAUUAUUAUCAACGACACUAUAGUCAAGAUGCAGGUGUGGGACACAGCAGGUCAGGAGAGAUUUCGGUCGAUGGCGCCUAUGUAUUAUCGCGGUGCACACGCGGCCCUUCUCGUCUUUGAUAUUACAAAACUCCAAACUUAUAACGAUAUCCAGGCUUGGGUGCAUGAGCUGAGUUCUCGCGUAGGGGAGGGACUUAUGCUUGUACUGGUCGGCAACAAGUGCGACCUUGAUCAGUGCAGAGCAGUGGCCAGGGAUGUCGCCCAACAAUAUGCUGCUUCUAUAGGUGCUAUUUUCCUAGAAACUUCCGCUAUGGACGAAACAGGGAUUGAAGAAAUGUUCGAAAUCGUCGCGACAGAAAUGCUUCGGAAAGCUGAUGAAGUAGACCCUACGGUCCAUUUAUAUUCCUCUGAGGCCAAAAGCACAAUCAAGUUGAACAGUUCAGCGACCUCCCUGAAUGACUCCUCACUACCACGGGCGAAAAACAGUUGUUGUUAACUGUCAGCGGCUGAAUAAAGCAACGUAGAUGAUACAACAAGCUAGUCAACAUUAUCACGGGCUGUGGUGUAUUUCGAUGAUAAGAGAGUAACAGGAUAAAACUGAUUGGAAACCGAUAA